AUGGCCGACUCUGGUGAUGUGAGCUAUCCUAACACGGGCAGCCUUCGCGAUGCCGUGACAAAAGGUCCCGUGGUCGAUAGCAUCAAAUCCGAGGCUUCGAAGACUUCCAGCGAGCUGCACGACUUGAAGAAGUCACGAGUCACUCCCUCGACAACCACCAGCAACGGACAACCCUUGACCCAUUACCACUCACUGCUGUACAGCCUUCUGAGCUGGGAACAACCGCGCGCGACCGCUGUUUCCUAUGCUAGUGUGAUCGGUUUCAUCUUCGCCGCCCGUUACUUGCCCCUCCUCCGCUGGGCCUUCAAGAUUCUGUACAUGUCGUUGGGAUUGACCGCGGCCGUUGAGAUUGCCGGUCAAGUCAUCCUUAAGCGCGGUAUUGCUAGCUCCUUCCGUCCUCGCCGGUACUAUACCAUCCCCCAGGAGACCCAUGAGGCCGUGCUUGAGGACCUCUCGCAGCUGCUGGACUUCUUCCUGAUCGAAUUCCAGCGCAUUCUGUUCGCUGAGAAUGUCGUCCACACCGUUGCUGCUUUCACCGCCGCCUUUACGGGCUACUGGCUGAUCCGCUUCGUCCCAAUCUGGGGCCUGGCUGUGAUUGCCGUCACGAUCGCUUAUCUCGGUCCUCUGGUGUACAUCAGUAACCGCGAAAUAAUUGAUGAGCAGAUCGCCAACCUUCAGGCUAUCAUCACAUCCCAAACCAACCAGCUGAAAGAUCUUGCCGGCGAGCACACCUCCCACGCUACCGAUGUGAUGAAGCAAUACGUUGGAGAGUAUAGCUCCAAGGCUCAGGAAUACAUUGGCCGCCGUUCCGCUUCUCCCGAGAUGUCCAAAGUUGCCGCGACCCCCGUCAAAACCGAAGUCGCCGCCGAGCCUCAGGUGAAGACCGAGGACUUCCCUGAAGCCCCCACAGCUGAGCCAGUUGCGCAAUCUAUUGAGUCAGUCGAGCCAGCUCCGCAGGCUGGCGAGCGUGAGCCGCUCCUGGCCCUGUGA